GCCUGCGUACUACUUUAUUUAGUUAUUUACGACACUGAACCACGUCGUACGGCAGCGCAUACGGCUAACAAAGCUUUUGUUGACAUUGUGGGUCAGCUGGAGUAUUUACAAGUUAUUUUCGUUCCUGACAUGGCUAACCCUUUACGGGGUGAGGUGAUCAGGCUGUACAAGAAUCUGCUGUAUCUCGGCCGUGAGUACCCUAAAGGAGCAGCUUAUUUUAGGGAGCGUUUAAAGUCUGCUUUCAUGAAGAACAAGGACGAGACCGACCCACAGAAGAUCCAGCAGCUGGUGGCCAGAGGAGAUCAUGUCAUCAAGGAACUGGAGGCUCUUUACUUCCUCAGAAAAUACAGGACCAUGAAGAAACGCUACUAUGAUUCCGAAAAGUAAAUCCAACAACUUUUAUCAAUUUAAGGACACAUGGGAAUGUGCAUAUUUACAUUUUUAAUUCAUCAAACCAGUCUCCUUCAUGUUUAUUUAAACAUCCUCUUAGAUUUAUGUUAAAACAAACAAGAAAAACUGCCAUUUGCCUGAAAAUGUAAUUUAUUGCUCCAUCUGAGUGUUUGAUUGUGUCACAAUGAAUAUUUUUUAACAGACCAUCUUCUUUUAUGUCAGUAUUUAUAUCAGAAAAACAAGAAAUUAGCUCAGGUGGUAACAGGUGGUUAGGAUUUACUCUGUGGUCAUGUGGACAAAAUCAUGCAAAUCCAUAAAUAUGGAUUUAUGUACAUAUUUGCAUGUUAACUAUCAAACUGAUAAAGGGGGGUGUGAAUUUGCUAUUUGGCAACAAUAAUAAAUCUGACAAAAUACCAUGCUUUUCUUCCAAGAGAGGAUUACCACAAAACAAUCUGCAGGCUUUCAAAACUUCUAAAAUUUUGUGAUCUCUUACAGAGCUUUUCCGUUGAGGCUUUCUUGUCAUAUUUAGGAAGUCAAUUUCAUUUAAAAAGCACUUAUCACAGACA